UUUUUUUUUUUGCUAAAGGUUAGGGUUUCCCUUUGGAGUGGACGUGGUUGUGGCAUCGCAUUCCCCACUUUCUCUCCCUCUUCCCCUUCUUUACUUCGCUCACAGAAUUCUGUAGGGAGAUACGGUCGGGAUGACGUCGGAUGGCCCAGAUUUCUUACAUAUUUAAAUCAAGUGGACGAAAUAUCUCCCCAUUUGUUACGCUAAGAUUCUCUCUCUUCCAAACCCUAGAGGAAAAAUAGUUUUUUUUUUCUUUUCGUCUCCAAAUACUUUUGGUCCUUCGAUUCCCUAUCGAUCAGCUGGUUUUCGCCCCAAUCAGGCGGCUUCUUCGGCCGCGGAGUAGAAGGUGAAUCGCUGCGGCAGAAGUUAUAGGAAUUACUUGCAGUUUCCGCCCUUAAAUUUCGCUCCAGUUGAGGAUGUGCUGAAGUUAUUAUUAUGUCAUUUUCAUGGGAUGGAAGUAAGUUUUGUAAAGGAGCUAGACCUCAAAGGAAAAGAACCUGCUUUUGAUUCUAAUGCUUGUCAGUCACUGGUAGAAUUGAGAUCCAUUGAGCAAGUUGAGGAUGAUGAUGACGAAGAAGCAAACAAAUGCGAGCAUUUUACUAUUCGUGGUUAUGUUGCCAAGGUUCGGAGGAGAGAUGCAAAGAUUUGCUGGCCUUUAUUUUUGCCGCGUCAUCAGACAUUGGGUGAACUUGUCAGCUCGCUUCCUCCGCUACCUGUUACUAAAUUUAGAUGGUGGAAUUGCCAAAAAUGUCUUAGUGAGGCCAAUACUCCUGAAGAUGUGAUAUCAGAUGGAGCAGUUAUAAAAGUCCAGAAUGAUGAGGUGAAUACUUGCAACACAUCUUCUCUAGUAAAUGCUGAUGCAACAAAUUUGCUUUCUGGCUUUCAACAACCAUCAGAAGAGAAAAUACUAGAUGGAAAAUUGGUUGAAGCAGAUUCUUCUAUUAAUGUCAUUAAUGGUGAAUGUAGCCCAUUACUGUGUUCUGGCAAGAAAGAAAAUGCUUCAACAAACCGUGACCUGACGAAAGAAGGUCUUCAAAUACCAAAAGGUGCCCCAGGUAGAUCUGAAGAAAAUCAGAAUCAGUCAAGUGAACCUACUAUUUUUACAGCAGAACCUAUUAUUGCUCUGAACAAAUGCAAGAUGGCACUGGGAGUAGAUAUCAACAUUCCAAAAGCUGAUGCUCUAGCUGCUAUUUCAGCUCACAUGUCUGAUCAUGAUUCAAUGCAUUUGAACAAGAGGCACUCAGAAGCAUUUGACAGUAACAUGGAUUUGCCUAAUGAUACCACACACCUGGAUCAUUCCAGUGAACUUGGUAAUUCGCAUGCAAGCUUUCACCAUAAAAAGGCUCGGAAGGUGCGUUUCUUGGAUGACAUCAUAAGAAGCGAGCAGUUAUCCGUGUCUACAGUGGUUCAUGGUUCCAGUGAAGAUGCAAAAGGCAGUCAAAAUAAGAAUGGUAACGGAAGAAGCCCAGACACAUCAAAUUGGAAACUUCAACAUCCAGAUAAUAAAAGCCAUCUAGUUAUGCAUAUUCAAGAAAUGUCAAGCAUAGAGGCUUCCCAAAAUGAAGAUGAGGGGAAUUCUCUAAUGGAUUGGCUGAAGAAAGCCUCUAAAAAGGCUAAUGCACAAAAAGGGCAUUCAGAAAACAAGCACCUUGAUGCUACAGUUGGUAUAUCUUCAGGUUCAUCUUCUAAGCAAGGGGUAAGCAGAUGUAAGAAAAAAAGUGCCUUGGAAAAGGAAAACAAAAUGCCUCCAUUAAAACCUGGGAGGCCUUGCCUUGUGGCCCAACAGGAUAAUUUCGUUGCUGAAGAUGAAUCACCCCAACUUCUCCCUGCCAAAAUUGUUAAUAACAGAUCAACGGGAUGCACUGUCUCUGAGAAGAGCUUGCAUCAUGGUCCUGAAAUUCAGGAAGGGACCAAUAAGAAGUCUAUCUUGAGUAAGAAGAAAAAUAAAGCACCUCCAGUUGAAGAUAGGUUAAAGGUGAAGAAAAAAGUAAUAAAGAAACAAAAGACCAGAAGUUUGUUUGAACAGGAAGGUUUAGAUGACAUCCCAAUGGAUAUUGUCGAACUCUUAGCCAAACAUCAGCAUGAAAGAUGUUUGAUGAAUGCUGGUGUUGCUGCUGAAAGCAUGCAUAAUCUGUCGAAAAUGACUGGAAACAUGAGGGAUGGCAAUGAUUCAGAAAAAAGAUGUGAUGAAGGAUGUGAUGAAGGCAUGAUAUUGGAUGUGGUACAUAAAAACCUUUCCCACCAAAAAUCUCACUUCAAUCAAGCAGUAGAGGCUGUCCAUACAACCAUGAGAAAUAACAGCGAUGCUGAUUGCAGACUAAAAGCAUGUGAUUCUUCUAAUUUUUGUAAACAGAACCUUCAUAUUGAUCUGAACCAGCAACCAACAGAGUUCCUGGAACUUUCAGAGUGCAGUGGAGAUCCACUUAGUAGACUGGAGCACCGUGUUACUGUCUCCAACAUAAGUUAUUCCCCUCAAAACUUUGGCUUGGACCUGAAGAUGCAAACCUCAGGUUCAUGUAAUAGGAAUCAGGCAAUUGCAACUAAGAUUCUUAGCAGGAAUGACCAUGAUGGGACAUCAGCACCAUUAAAUGGCACAGCCUUUGGAAGCAUCACCAGGAGGGAUGAUACUGACUUUAAUUAUGUGAAUGUGGAUUCGCAUGAUUCAUGGCUUGACCAAAGUAUGAAGACAGUUGGUCAAAAGACUGAUUUCCAUGAUUCACAUGAGUCAAAGUUUACUAGUUUGCAACUACUACUUGGCAAAGAACAAGCUGAGUCAUCAAUCAAUAGACAUUCAGCAGCUACAUAUUCUUUUGUGGAGGCAGGAAACACAUGUCAUUCAAGAACAAUCAAGCCACUGAAUUUAUAUGCUAAUGAAACCAUAUCAGCAUUGCAUUUGCUCAGGCUAAUGGAUCAAACAGCAGGUUCGGGUGCAUCUUAUACAAAUCAAGAAGGAUCUAUUUUAGAGUCCGGCUUAAAUUGUACUGAUCGGCGUGAGGAAUUCAGAAAAGAGAUGCCUAGGCAUCCAUGGAGAGCUGGAUACUCUGAUCAAGAUCAGCAUCCAUGGAAUGCUAGCAAACCACACCAUCCAGUUCCUAGAAUCAGUUAUGCUGUGUCUUUGUUGAACAAAGAAAUUGUUACUCAAUCAAGCAACCGUCCAGCACUGCAGGGCUUGGAGGCCAAGCAUCCGAUUGAAUUGCCACUGCACAGUAUUAUUGAAAAGGAGAAAACAGGUUACUCUUGCUCAGCCAUUCAUACUGAAGUUGGAAACACUAGGACAUCUAUAUACAUGGGUAUAAAUUCCAAACAGAUGGUUUCUGGUUUAGACUCCUUUGCACAUUCUUCAUCCUCUCUCACAACUUAUGAGAUGGAUCAGUCUGGAUCUAGCAGUAAGGAUAAAGGAGAUCAGCCUCCGACAAGUCACUGUGAGUUUGAAAACUGUGUUGUUAAUAGAAACCCAGCUGACUUCACCGCACUUGAUGAAGAUGAAUGUACGGUAGGGAUCAAUGAUCCAGGAACCAGAUAUAUAUCCCUCUCCAAAAGCCUGCAGUAUCGAACUCAUCCAGAUGGACACAAGCAGCAGUGAGUGAUGAAGCUCACUGCUUUAAAGGGCUUGUGAGGAGCUAAAAUGUAGUGAAUUUCAAGCUCUAUGUUGCCUUCAGGAGUUCCAAUAGAUGUCUGAAUUCCUUUGAUGAUUACAUAAGCCUGUAUGUAUCUGUCCUUGGGUUUAGUUUGCUUGUAUUGGCCCUCGUCAGUGUCUUAGAAUGGUUUUAAAAGUGCAGGCUGCUGCAAUUGAGGCAUUUAAUCAAGAUUGGACCGACCUUUCCUGCAUUAGUUCUGCGAGGUGUAGUUCAGGCUUGAAGAUUUACAACAUGAGCUGGACAUGUGGAUGGCGAGAUUUACAUUUGGAUGCUUAGCUUAUAAAAAUUAAUCUUAUUUCGAGAAAAGUCCACAUCAGCAGCUUGACCAAGCUUUUUGACCUCUCUGAUGAUCUUGUGUAAUCCUAGUAAAACAAACUGCUAGUGCACCUUAAACAAUCAGAUCUCUCUCCCUUGUGAGUUGUGACCAUGGCAUGGAUC